ACAACAAAAAUCGCAACCCUCGCGUGUUUCUGCGCGACGCCGCGGCAUCCAAACAGUUCGCUCCGGACUGCCGUAGAGCGCGUAACGGUCAAGUAGGACGGAGCUCGCUGAGCCGACAGACGGAGUGCUUUGUGCGUGUGCCAGUGCGUGCGUGUUUGUGCGGGAUGGCGAGCUGACGGCGGGCCGCAGCAGCCAUGCCCUGAGCUGCUCCUGGGAUGGCAGCGCCGCGACGUGUCGCCUGCUGCCUGUGCUUGUGCCUGCUGCUGCUGCUGCUCGGCCGCUCUCCGGUGGUUCGCUGCUCGCCGCUGCCGCCGAACGCCGCAGGGAUGCGGCCGCUGACCGAGCUGGUGGGCCACAUGGAGCCAGCACACUACGACCGCCGACUGCUGCUGCCGCACGCCCACCCACGCACCGCCCACGCGGACACACACGCCGGACAGCGGCAGCGCCGCGACGCCGGCGCCGACGACGCGGACGUCGACGCCGAGUACAGCCUGCAGCGCGAGCUGCGCCUCGACGUCACCACGCACGGCAGGACGUACCGUAUGCGGCUGCGGCCCGAGCAGGGUCUGUUCGCGGAGGGUGCCGUGUUCGAGUCCAGCCGCGGGCCCGUCCACUUCGACGUCCGCAGGGUUCUAACCGGCACGCUCGAGGGUGACGAGUCUGCGGUGGUGAGGGGCGUGGCGACGGCGGACGGCCUGUUCGACGGCCACGUGUGGACGCCGGCGGACGGCGACGACGUGCUGUACAUCGAGCCCGCGUCGCGCUACCUGCUGCCGGCGGCGGCGGCGGCCGAGGCGGCGCAGACGUCGACGCCGCACCACUCGGUGGCGCACCGCGGCUCGGCUGAGCGCGGCCUGCGGACGCCGCAGCCCUGCGCCUCCCACCUGCUGCACCAGCGCCGCCUGCGGGAGCGCCACGCCCACCACCCCCACCAGGAGGAGAGCGACGUCGGCGGCGGGAGCGCUACGCAGCACGGCCCCGGCUCCUCCACGGGGUCUUCUGGCCCGGCGUCUCCAUCCGUGCGGCCGCACCCCCGGCCUGCCAGAGUUCCACCCCCAGCGGCGGCGUACCACGCAGGAAGCGGGGCUGGCGACCGCCUCUCUCCGUCCACCCUACAAGUGGCGAACGCCACCGCCGACGAGUCCGGCCGCCGCCGCCGCCGCCGCCGCCGCUGGCUGCCCGAUCUGGAGCUGGACCUGACUCCCACCGUGCCGGAGGACCGCGACUCGCGACCCGCCCGCCGGAGGAUCGUGACGUCGGCCUCCGCGGCCGCUUCGACCGCCGUCGAUCCCCGCAAGACCACGUGCAUGCUCUACCUGCAGGCCGACCACCUCUUCUUCCAGAAGUACGGCACCGAGGAGGCCUGCAUUGAGGUCAUGACGCGCCACGUCCAGAGGGUCAACGACAUCUACCGCAUCACCGAUUUUGACCAGGAUGGAAAACCAGAUAACAUUAGCUUUAUGAUUAAGAGAAUAAAGGUUCAUACUUUAGAUGCCUUAAAGGAUCCAACCUAUCGGUUCCCGUUAAAUUACGGAGUUGAGAAGUUCCUGGAGCUUUUUUCUGAGGAGGACUACGAUGCCUUCUGCCUGGCCUACAUGUUCACCUACCGAGACUUUGAGAUGGGCACCUUGGGCCUGGCAUGGACAGGUGACCUCAAGAAUGCUGGAGGAGUCUGCGAGAAAAAUGGACACUAUCGAGGAAGCAUGAAGAGUCUCAACACGGGGAUAGUGACACUGCUCAACUAUGGCAAACACGUACCACCAGCUGUUUCGCAUGUCACCCUCGCUCACGAGAUUGGACACAACUUUGGUUCUCCGCACGAUCCGGACUCGUGUACUCCUGGAGGCGAGGAUGGCAACUACAUAAUGUUCGCGAGGGCGACUUCGGGUGACAAGAAGAACAACAACAAGUUCUCACCCUGCAGCAUCAGCAGCAUCAACCCUGUGCUCAACACCAAGGCCCGCAGCCCCAAGGGCUGCUUCACAGAGCCGCAGAAGUCGCUGUGUGGCAACGGCGUGGUGGAGCCGGGCGAGCAGUGCGACUGCGGCUGGGGCGAGGACUGCCGCGACCCGUGCUGCUACCCACAGACGAGCAUACCGCGUGAGGAUGCGCCACCCUGCAGGCUCACCCCACGCAGUGCCUGCAGCCCCUCGCAGGGUCCGUGCUGCACGACCGACUGCCAGAUCAAGUUCGGAGACAAGUGCCGAGACGACAACGGCUGCCGGGACGCGAGCUUCUGCAGUGGUCGCAAUGCCAUGUGCCCACCAUCCCUCAACAAACCCAACAAGACUGUCUGCAAUGAGGAAUUUGUGUGCUUCAUGGGUGAAUGCACGGGCUCCAUAUGCCUCGCCUAUGGACUGGAGUCAUGCCAGUGCACACCCGGGCCCAACGACAAGAAGACGAAGGCUUGCGAGUUGUGCUGCAAGCAGCCGGGUGAGAACCAGCCCUGCCUGUCAUCAUUUGAAUGGAACCAGUAUCCGUACGAUGUACCUGACAUGUAUGCAAAACCCGGAACACCAUGCAAUGAUUACAACGGUUAUUGUGACGUCUUCCAGAAAUGUCGUGAGGUCGACCCGUCAGGACCUCUAGCGACACUUCGCAAACUGCUCCUUUCAGACGAGAGUAUUGCCUCGUUCAAGAAAUGGGUCAUACAGUACUGGUAUGCUGUGCUCUUCAUUGCGGUUGGAGUCAUUCUCCUCAUGGUACUGACCGCGAAGCUGCUCGGGAAGCGGCCGGGCGCGAAGAAGCUGAAGCAGGUGACGAUCGUCCACAGCUCGACGACGGAGACAGUGCGGCUGCCGGCGGAGGGCGGAGACGGGGCUCUGGCCACGGUGCAGCACCCCACCGUCGUCCGGCCUAAGCUGCCGCUCAAACGACGGGUGCGCGAGGGCGCUGUCAGUGCCACAGGGGCAGUAACAAGAAUACAUAGGAAAAAAGCGACACACCACGCACUCAAGAGCAAGCGACGAAGGAAGAAAGUAGCUGCUUCAGAUGAGCAGAAAGUGGACAAGAAACUGGGAGCUGUAGAAAAAAGAGCAGACAAAAAUUUGGGAGCAGAGGGGAAGAGACCGCCCAUACCCAAACGGAAGACUGCGCCAGGGCAGGAGAAAAAGAAUAUAACGGCGAAGAAACCCAUGGCAGCUGACGACGAUGGGUACACUCCGCUCGAAAAUGUAACGAAGGUGGAGGAGGUGACAGCGGCAGAAAUCCCCCCCGUACAGAAGACAACAGACUGCCAACGACGACAGUGUGCAGCAGUAAUGACAGAAAAAUGUCCGGGAACCGUUACGGACAACUCGCAAGUAGGAGGAGGCGUUUCCGGCUCCGUUUCACCGGCGGCAGGAGUGACCGACAGCAGGUCGCAUCCAGUAGCCACCGAGAAGCCUUCACCGGAGAAGCGCCCGAAGCUAGAGAAACAGAUGUCCGAAGUGACAGACAGGUCUGCAGUGCUGAGCAGGGAUAAGAGGCGCUCCCUGCAAUAUGUUCCUAGGAGUAAGAAGAGCCAGACGUGUCACCAGCUGUCGGCAGAGGCCACCUCGACUGCAGAAUGUCAGGAGGGCAAAGAUUCCAAACGACAGUCUCUGGAGCACCCGCCACCGGCGACCGCAACUCGACCGGGAGCGGGAGAUGACCUGCUGUCGCAGGUGGGUGCGUCUGGAAAAUUGCAGGCGGCCGAAAAGCGAAGUGCGAGGGACCCCGAGAGGCAGGCUCCGGACUGCACGAGUUCGGCGGCAGUGGUGGGCGUCCCGUCCGGUCCGAGUGCAGGCGGAAAGAGACACACGCUGGGCCGACCGCUCAGCGUCGACAGCGACAGAAAGGAAGUGCGGGUAUCGGCAGUGUCCGCACCCCAGAAGACGCCGGAGCUCGCGACAUUCACCAGGCGGAAUACACUCGGUAACAUACCGACAGCUGCGGCCGAGAAAUCGUCACUGCCUGUCGUGGAGAAGAGGCCGGCUGUGGAGAACCCUCCGGUGUUGGCCAUAAUACCGGACAGGCAGAGAGCCGCAGGAGACAGGAAGCGACCCCCGUCACCCUCUGACAGACGGAGAGGCCAGGACACUAAGAGGGGCAGUGCGGAGAGGAAGGGCGCCCACAGGACGCGGCACAAGGCAGAGGUCAUCGACUACAGUGCCGACGCUACCCCGCCGACUGCCGCUCCCACAGCUACCGCCGUACCGGAGAGUGAUCCAGUGAGCAAAGUCCAGAACUGGCUGAUGUCGACGGAGCAGCCGGUACCGCGGUCACGCUCCACACCUGCCGGCCUGACAGAAAAGGCAGCUGGUGUCGGCAGGUCGGGCAGUGGGGGUGACCUCAAACCUGCCGGUGGCAGGAAGGCGCAGCUGCAGUUGCUGUAUGGUGGACCUUUCAAGUUCAAGCUCAAGUUCAAAAAGCCCGCUGCCGCAUCGACAUCUGCUCCAGCGGCGAGAGCUGGAGUCGGGCGGUCGGCGGUGCCGGGUAGGCGCGGCAAGACUAGCCGGGCGCGGCCCCCGGCCGUCUCCCCCGAACUGGCACUCGCCGCCGAGGACGUCGACUCCAACCUGCACACCGUCCCGUCCGACCUCGAAGUCCUGCUUUCCGAGAGCGAGUUCCUCUUCUCUGAAGACGGGGACGGGGCGUGACGACUGCCCGUGACACGCACCCACCACUGUUGGACGGUGCCGGGAGUGUGCACCUCAUGUUCUAAAUAUAUGUUGCUGUACGUCUGAGAGAUGGGCCGGGAUUAUUAUCUUGUCAGCUGCUAAAGAUGUGCUUCGGACAUGUCCAGGAAGCUAAUAAAUAAUUGUGAUCGAUACUGUGUUUAGUAGUUCAAGGAAAUUUUCAGUUCUAUACAGAGUAGUGCGUGCCGAGCAGUUAACGAGGAAGUUAUGUACAUAGAUUGCUUCCCUUUAAAAUAAAAAUUGGUUUUUAUUUCUAUUUUUGGAAGGUAUUUCAUACAUUGCUAUGAGGGAUGAAAGGAUAACAAUGAAUGGCUUGGAAAGUUUACCAAUUGCCAGUGUUCAAACAUGAGUCUCAUUUCUGGUCAGAUUCACUGCUAAUGAUGAGUACUGUGGAGUCUUCCUCAAAUCCAGUUUCUUGUCCAAGAUUGUUUCACGAACCUGUUCUAAUUGUUUGUACGGAAAAGCCAAAACUAUUCUCUCAUUUUGUAAACAGUGCCAGAUUUCUUCCUAGGUGUGUCUAGUAAACACGGAAAGUAAAGUAAUGUGAAUUGGCCAUAAGACAAUUCUCUAGCUGGCCGUAACUGUCGGUUGAGUGAGCUGCCCAAUGCUCGAUUCCUGAAGAAAGUGAUCUGGUGUUUGUGUUCUUAGCUCAAUUUAUAAACUCUACAGCCUUGUUUGUCAAUCACACCAAAGCUUCUAUCAGCAGCUGUCCUAUUGUAUGUAUGUUCUUGACUGCGCAAGUUCAUGUUGCAAAGAAGCGUUUCCAUUUCCAAACUUUUGUAUGACAAUACAUUGUUUACCUACAUACAUUUCCACUGAAUGAAAUCACCCAUUUUCCUUCCUAAUGAAUUGGUUUUUUUGUGUGUGUGUGUGUGUGUGUGUGUGUGUGUGUGUGUGUGUGUGUGUGUGUGUGUGUGGGCGCGCGCGUUUGUUUGUUUUGAACCAAUAAUAACACAAAGGCUACCAUUUUAUCAUUCACUUUGUAUGAGGAAAGCCAUGACUAUCAAAUGUUGCAUCUUUUUAAUUGGGAUCUCAGUAAUUUAGAUUACAAAUUCUAAUAAUUAUUCAACAGACAUUUCAGGCCAGAAAAACCACUGAUAUGAACAGCUUCACAUGCAGUUAGUCAGACACGAUUUUCAACCCCUGACUGUUUGCACAAGUUAUACUUAUUGAGGAUGCCAUCUCUCACAAAAUGGAGGCUGAAGAAAGAAUUCCACUAUUCAGCCAUGUGCACUGCCAUAAAAAAGUGAAAAUGCACAAAUGAUGCAUGUUGUUUACCCUACCCCAGUUUAUGGAAACUACGCAUUUUAUUAACUUCACGAUUAGUGUGGCACUUCUGAGAAACUAUUAUAUCAGAUCGAAUCAAGCAGAAACAGUGAAUAACAGGUUUAUCUUCAUUGUAGAGAUGCAACUGUACUCUGCAGACCACUGUGAAAUGCAUGGCAGAGGGUAAUUUUUGCAGUGCCACCUUAUUUAGUUUCUUCCCGCUCCAUUUGUCUGUGGGGCAUCAGUAUAAUGGUUGUGUAAAUGUCUAUGUGGGCGUCUGCUGUAGCCUCAGGGAAAUUUAAUACCACUUAUUUUUUAAUCGGUUUCUCUUGGCUUCUAACAUGCAACUGGCUCAGAGUGUUCCACAAACCCACAAGCAAGUUUCUCUCUCUCUCUCUCUCUCUCUCUCUCUCUCUCUCUCUCUGUCUCUGAUGUACCAUUUGUUUCUGCAAUGGGUUGUCAAGUGCAUUUUCUGUGGUGUUUCGGCAGAUAUUUGCAAUUUCAUUUCUGGAGCACGUAGCUGGAGUCAGCCCAAACAAAUCCUGCUCAUCAUGUCUUUCAUACAACACCCAGCAUCGACAGAAGAUGUCGGCUUGUUUCCCAAUACAAACAAAAUUAUUAAUUCGGAAUUUUACGUGCCUAUUCGAUAGAGUGGCCCAAAUUGGUCUAGUGUGUUAUUUCUUUUAUUGAUAGGUAUUAAGAAUAACCAGUACUCCAGUAGCAACUGAGAACCACUGCUGCACAGCAGUAGCAGUCACUGCAGGCCAGGAUGGAGUACUGAUUAUUCUUCUGUUUUAUGUCCCUAUUAAUACAUGACAAUAAAACAAAUGUUGCACUAGAUAAACUCGGGAAACAACUUCCAUUGAUGUUCAGCAUCGCAUGAAAGAUGUGAUGAACAGUAUUUGUUUGGGAUGAUUGCAGUUACAUGUUGCAGAAACAAAACUGCAAUUCUCUGCUGAAACAUCAGAGAAAAUGCGCCUGAUGACUCUGAGGAGAGAUGCGCUCUCUCUCUCUCUCUCUCUCUCUCUCUGUGUGUGUGUGGGGGGGAGGGGGGGGGGGGGGCGGGGGGGUACAUAAGAAGUAAUGGGAGAAGUGUGGCAGCAGAAGGGAGAGUGUGAAAUGGAGUAUGAACCAUUCUCACCCCCCAUAGGCUGUGCAGGAAAGAAGGUGGAUGUGCAGGACAGAAGCAGACAGAAAAUUUAGAGAGAUCACUACUGGAUUCCACUUCACAUCUACCUUCCUUGUCUCAUGCCUCACUACCUCCCUCCACUGCUGAUGGAGCUGAGCUUGUCUUCAUAUUGCUGUUUUCACCCUCCACAGCUGCUUAAAGUGUAUAGAUGACAGGGCUAUGUGAAAUACAGGAUGUUAAAAAAAAGUAUGCCAUAUUUUGAGUGGACAAAAACAAAAAAAGUUUAGUAAACAUGUAGUCUUAAAUGCAUACCUUAAGAGCUAAAAGCACUUGUUCUUUAGUGCUGUGAUAUGAAUCUCUUCUACUGAAAGCUUUGUUUUUCAUUACGAAUGCUCUACACAGUGCAGUAAACAAAUGAGUAACAGCAGAGCUUCUAAUGUAACCUGCUUCCUGUUACAUAUGACGUGUGAUGUGCACCAGUGAACCAUAGCAGAAUAUCACGUCUGCCAUUUUUCACAUGUGAUAAUAGGCUCCAUUAUGCUGGUAUGUACAAAAAAAAUUACCGUGUAAAACCAUUUCACAAAAUGCUCACAUUAAAACUAAUGUACGCGCUGCACUCACCCAGAACUGUGAAUAGUUUACAGUAACAACAUUAACAGAUGUUUACUGCAUGCUGUAUCUACGGACAAUAACAGAGAAAUGUGUUCUCAUUUACCUACAGAAUUGUGUAGGUCCUCUGUAAUAGCAAAGAGCUUGGAGCAGAGGAGAUACAUUUCAUAGUAGUGAAGAUGAACAACUGUUCAUAGCUCUUAAGCUAUGCAUUUUAGAGCUCACAUUUGCAAUACAUUUUAGUCUUGUUUUGUCAAUGCUACCACCACUCAAGAUAUGGAAUCCUUUUACUUUAACACACUGUCUAUAAGGCUGUACACAUUUUCACAGAAAUUCCCUUUAUUAAGAAUACUUCUACCUUUUUGACUGACGUGCAGGUUCUUUUCCUUUCUCCCCCCCCCCCCCCCCCC